UGGAGCAUCCAGAUCUUGCAGCCAAAAGAAGCUUCCCAUCCUACACGCACUCACUUUCUCGCUCCCUCUCUCUCUCUCUCUCCUGAGCGAAAGAAAAUUUUUGCAGGAAAAAAACAAGAGCAGAGAAAGAGAUGAAUUUAGAGAAAGAAAAAGAGAGGAGGAAAAUAAGAGGAACUCAGAAAAAUUCGCCAUGAAAGCUCUUACCAAUCAUCAUUUCAGCUUCUUUUUCAUUCUGUUAUUAUUGACCAUAUCAUCUGCAAUUCAACACUUUACUGCUGGUCCCAAAACUCAGAGAAGAAUCCUUCAUCAGCCUUUAUUCCCAGCUAGCUCAGCUCCACCCCCGGUGACAGAUUCAUCAUCAUCACCACCACCGCCACCACCUGCUGACGGCCAGGUCCUUCCCUCCCCAGACCAGCCAUUUUUCCCUGAAGUCCCAUCUGGACCAAACCCGGAUCGAAGUCAACCGCCACCAGCAUCGCCAGUCAAUGGGACCUUUCCAAUCCCAACAGCAACACAGCCGGCGAAACCGGCUAAAAAAGUGGCAAUUGCAAUCUCAGUUGGUAUUGUCACUCUGGGAAUGCUGUCGGGUCUUGCAUUCUUUUUAUACCGACACCGAGUUAAGAACCCAAGCGAGACUCAGAAACUCGUCGGAGACAAUUCUCAGAGAUUUGCAGACGAAUCUCUAGUGCCCAAUUCCAGUGUUCUUUACAUGGGCACUGUACAGCCAGGCAGGACAUCGGGUGAAGUAAAUGGAACAACAAUGGAGGCUAAUGUUUCUCCUUAUCAUAAGCUGAAUUCUAUUAAGAGAUCUGAUCGGUAUCGGCCUAGUCCUGAUUUGCAGCCUCUGCCGCCAUUGCCCAGGCCUCCUUCUCAACAUGACAAUGAAAACGAGAAUUCUCCAUCUUCUUCGGCUUCAUUGUCGGACGAGGAAAGCCACGGGACUGCGUUUUUCACUCCCCAGGGCUCCAUCAUCAGCAAUGAUGACGGCUAUUACAUGCCGGUGCCGGUUCCUGGUUCGCGUCCGUUUAUUAAUGGCAAUUGGGCUAAGUCUGCUAAUGGUAGUUCUGUUCCUCAUUCUAAAAGGACCUCUCCCAAGUCGCGAUUCUCUUCAGUUACUUCACCGGAAAUGAAGCACGUGAUCAUACCUUCAAGUAAUCAAACAUUACCAUCACCGGUGGUGCCGCCUCCUCAGCCACCACCUCCAGCACUAGCACAUCGAGAUAGAGCUGAUAAUGUUGAACCGAGUUUGUAUUUUCCCAAAAGGCCAAAAUUCUCCGCACCUCCACCACCACCAAAUAUGGCCCUUCUUCGAUCAAUACACAACCAGCAAUCAAGUAAAAUUUCACCUCCACCCCCACCGCCGCCGCCGCCUCCUCCUCCUUUACAGCCGCUGUCAAUGUUAACUCCGAGGAAAAUAGGGUCAUCGGAAACAGCGAAAACAAGUGUUUCCUCAACGCCUUCCACCGUGUCAUCGAAGCAACAGUCCUGGACUCGAAGCCCCAGAGCCAGUUCCAAGACUGAAACGCCAACUAUUGAGCAAGUGGAUAGAGGGAUCCGUUUCUCAGAGAAAACUGAUGCAGAAGAGCAGGAUGGAGCAAAGCCCAAGUUAAAGCCCCUGCACUGGGACAAAGUAAGGGCAACUUCAGACAGAGCCACAGUGUGGGACCAGCUCAAAUCAAGCUCGUUUCAAUUAAAUGAGGAUAUGAUGGAGAGUCUUUUUGGCUGCAAUUCAACGAAUUCGAUUCCAAAAGAACCCACGAGAAGGUCGGUUCUGCCUCCUGUUGAGCAAGAGAACAGGGUGUUGGAUCCAAAGAAGUCGCAGAACAUAGCUAUUCUGUUAAGAGCACUGAAUGUGACUCGAGAUGAAGUCUCUGAAGCUCUUUUAGAUGGAUGUGUUUAUGGUGCAACAGCCAACCCAGAAAGCUUAGGUGCUGAUCUUUUGGAAACUUUGGUAAAGAUGGCUCCAACCAAAGAGGAAGAAAUAAAACUUCGAGAAUACAGUGGUGAUAGCUCCAAACUAGGGUCUGCAGAAAGAUUUCUCAAGGCAAUACUUGAUAUUCCAUUUGCUUUCAAAAGAGUUGAAGCCAUGCUCUAUAGAGCCAAUUUUGAUGCAGAAGUUAAAUAUUUGAGGAAAUCUUUUCAAACCCUAGAGGAAGCAAGCGAGGAACUGAAAAAUAGCCGGCUAUUUCUCAAACUCCUUGAAGCUGUUCUCAGAACAGGGAACCGGAUGAAUGUGGGCACCAAUCGUGGGGAUGCUAAAGCAUUUAAACUUGAGACGCUCUUGAAACUUGUAGAUAUUAAGGGAACCGACGGGAAGACAACAUUGCUCCACUUUGUGGUCCAGGAAAUCAUUAGAGCCGAAGGUGCAGGUAAUGAUUCUACAAAAGAGAAUCCUCAGAAAAGUACACACACUAAGUUUAAGGAGGAAGAGUUCAGGAAGCAAGGAUUGCAGGUUGUGUCUGGACUGAGCAGAGACCUCACCAAUGUCAAGAAGGCAGCAGGAAUGGACUCUGAUGUUCUAAGCAGUUAUGUUUCAAAGCUUGAACAGGGCCUUGAGAAAGUCAGAUUGGUUUUACAAUAUGAGAAGCCAGAUAUGCAGGGUAAAUUUUUCAACUCAAUGAAGCUGUUCCUAAGAGAGGCUGAAGAGGAAAUCAUUAGAAUCAAGGCAGAUGAAAGAAAGUCCUUAUCACAUGUGAAGGAGGUCACAGAGUACUUUCAUGGGGAUGCAGCAAAAGAAGAAGCCCAUCCUUUCAGGAUUUUCAUGAUUGUGAGAGAUUUCCUAACCAUAUUGGAUCAAGUGUGCAAGGAAGUGGGAAAUAUGCAGGACAAAACAAUGGUGGGCGCAGCCAGAUCCUUCCGAAUAUCUGGGAGUGCUUCGCUACCAGUCCUCAACAGAUACAAUGUCAGACAAGAUAGAAGUUCAGAUGAGGAAAGCUCUUCUCCUUGAAACCAUGUCCAUAUGAAACACACGAACCUUUAGGAGGAUAACCAAAAUAGAAAAUGGUUAUAAGAUUCAUUUGUAUUGAAGCAGCAGCAUGGAAUAUCUGUUUUUUUUUUCUUUCCAUUAACAAGCAUGUCAAAAGAAGCAGGAUGAUGGAGGAGAAAUGGCAACUCAGAACUAAUCCUGCAUUAUCUAGAAAAUCCUGCAGGCUUACACAGAGGCAAUUAUUAUUUUGUAAGGGAAGGUGAAACAUAUAUUGUAUGAAAUUAUUUAGAGAUAAAAGCCAUCCACAGACCAAAUAUUACUGUAUGAUAAUAACAACACAAAAUUUGUUGGAAGGCUUUGCCCAAUCAAGGAAGAGUCCCCUGGUGCCUGCAGCAGAAGAUGUGGUUUUUUUGGCAAAAAUGGAGAAUUGGGGUUUCAAAAUCUGAGCAGCAAAAAGAAUGAAAUGCUUGAUAUUUACUAAUGAUAUUCAUUUAGAUCAUGUUUAAAUACUUUUGCAAGAUGUUACUCGUAGUAAUGUGGUCUGCAUUUGUUUGAUUUUUACCAAUAAAUAAUAACUCAGUUCUUCUUGUUACUAUC